AUGGCGGACAAUUUCGAUGACAUGUCGAACGAUCAGCUGCGGCUGAAAUUGCUUGAAUUUGGGCUGGCUAAUAUGCCGGUGACUACUACGACGCGCAAGGUGUUGAUCAAAAAGCUGCGAAACCACAUCUCCACUAAUGGCAAACGUCGUGAAACGAUAAGCCUUACCAAGUAUUCUUCCGACGAAGAUAGCGAACCGGCCAGCAGUCAGAACGCAGCGCCGAAAAAAGGAUCGGCAUUGAGCAAAAAGGAACUGACUAGCAGACGGGCAACGAUUGGUACGGUAGCGUCAACGAGGCAGCCGAAACCGGUUUCAUCAUCGCAACCGAUACCGAAGGUCUCGCAAGCAUUGCCAUCGGAGUCAGCUGCAGCAUCGAAACGUCGAUCAGGAAGAGUUACUCCGGUGAACGAUAAAAAUGUUUCUGCGCCACCCUCGUCUCAAACUGCGCCGAAGGUACCGGCUAUACUGGAGGAUUCCGAUGAUGAUAUGAUUCCCCUGACCCAGCUUACUCAGCGGAGUCGCAAAUCCGCAAGCCCUUCAUUGUCCCGGGCUGAUAUGCUGACAACGUCCUACAUUCAUCAGAUGGCGGUGCCAGCGAAGCCAUCGGAAGCGAUCGCGGAAGAGAUGGAGGUAGAUGUACCGGAGAUGGGAAGACCUAUGGAAGAGGAGGAUGUCAUCGUGUUGGACGAUGAUGAAGAAGAUGCUAGUGAGAUGGUAUCGAUGCCACCUCCGCAACAACCAAAACCAUGGGCCGGUAAUGCAGCGUACAGACAAACGACUGAGGUGCACCGUACACUUACCACCGGUACCAUGACGGAUCAGAAGAUGGACAAAGAAAAAACAACCUUCGAGGAACCAACAGCACCGUUAUACACGAGUACCGAACGUACUUUCACGAAGCCAUCGUUGUUUGCAUCUCCGUCCAUGCGGAGCAAUAUGUCCAGUGCGUUGCGUGAUGAUACGGCAAAAAAAAUUGAUACUACGGAAUCUCCGUAUUUGAGCGAAUUUACUAAACGUCUUGCCCGUCUACGUGCUGAAGCUGCUGAAGCAUCUGUUGGGAUCGCGCUGGACUCACCCAGUAGACGAACAGUGUUCGAAGGAUCUGGCUCUUCUAUGCGGUCCGCUUACGCUCCACGUGACACUUAUGAAGGUGUAUCAUCUCGCUACCGAGCUGGACGACAAACCAUCGCACCCAUGGGCACGCAAGGACGGCGAAUCACAACCAUGCAGACCGAGACUGAUAUCCGAAGUUCCGUGCGACAGAAUUUGUUGGCGCUCGAUCGCAAAUAUUCCAUCCGGAAGAUUUUCUAUACCGUCAUCGUUGUGUUGGUAGUAAUUUUUCUGUUUGUUUUCUUCUUUCUGUAA